AUGGACACCGUGGACCGUCAUCCCGCGGUGGAUCACUACGUGCGCACCGGCGACGCGCGGCAAAGCAAAAGGCCCUCGAUUUUUGACUUGAUGAACGGCCAAGAUGUCUUGGAAUUGCCGAAGGACGGGAAACGGAUAACCCGCAAGAUGAGUUGCAAAGUUUCGGUCGUGCAAAUGGAUCGGAAGGAGGAGACGAAGCAAAAAUCGAGGAAAUUCGGCUGGAUUGAAGGGGUGUUCUUGAGGUGAGGAAGAGAAGCCCACACUUGCUUUAGUUUUAGAUGUUGUGCAAGGGAUUUGCCUAGCUCGGAAGGGUCCACAGGGGUAGUUGGGCUUUUUCUUCCAACCCAUACUUGCUUCUGGCCUAAAAAUACGAAGAUUUUUAGGCCGGAAGUUAUCGAAAAAAUAGCAUUUUUUGGCAAUUUUAGCGUAGCGCAAAAUCUGAAGAAUGGCGCAUUAUUUAUUCGUUUUUAAAUCUAUGAGUCUGUCGGGGAAAUAAUGUAGAUUUUUGCAUUAAAAAGUCUAACUUUUUUCUUGUCAUAGCAGUAGCGCACGAAAUCCCCAGCCGCGGCUAGGCGUCGCCAAGCGAUGAUGGACGAUAUAGCAUCAAGACAAGACUAAUCCACAUUAUUUUCGCGACAGACUGACAUUUUACAAGGAAAGUACUUCUAUGGGGUGUGGAGUUACAGGUCGAGAUAUAUAUCAAAAAAUUCGCAAAAAUUUUCUGAUUCAGAAUAUAUAAAAAUUAGCUGCCUAAUUUUGGUCUGAUGACAUGUUUUUGUCCUCAGAAGUUUUCUCGCGACACCAUGCAAGUGUCUUUUUGACCGUGUUUUUACCAAUAAAAAAAUUUUGUUUUGUGCUAAAAUAAAUUCUGAGGCCUUGACAAGCCUUAAAAUAUCAAAUUGGAUUACAACUACACCUUAAAAGUAGUUCCAAUGUAAAAAAUGGGUUCUAGUAUGGCAAAAAGAACCGAACCCUCUCCCCUCGGAUUUCCAAUCUACCGCUCUAACCACUCGGCCACACCGCUCUCUUCCGAAGGAAGAGACCGAGCGCGCUUUUGUUGCCGCAGAUUUUUUUCCUCGAGAAAUACAUUUAUUGAUAAAACUCGUUUAUAGACCAAAAUUAGGCAGCUAAUUUUUAUAUAUUCUGAAUCAGAAAAUUUUUGCGAAUUUUUUGAUAUAUAUCUCGACCUGUAACUCCACACCCCAUAGAAGUACUUUCCUUGUUAGACCUAUCUUUUAGAUGCGUCCUCAAUAUUGUCGGCGUAAUCCUCUACAUCCGGCUCUCCUGGAUCACCGGACAAGCCGGAAUUCUUCUCGGCCAACUGACAAUCCUACUCGCGUCCACAGUCACCACGAUCACUGCGCUCUCGUUGUGCACCAUCUGCACGAAUGGCGAAGUGAAGGGGGGUGGUGCCUACUUUUUGGUAGGUAAAUACCCGUUUAUAGUAGCGUUGUACUAUGAAGAUUUCCAGGUCGUUGGGGCCCGAGUUCGGUGGACCCAUUGGGAUCAUUUUUUCGCUCGCCAAUUGUGUUGGAGCGGCGAUGUAUAUCGUGGGAUUCGCGGAGACCAUGAAGGACUUUUUGCGGAUCAAGGAUGUCACUUUUUUGGAUGGGGAUGUGAAUGAGAUCAGGGUGAUCGGAUUGGGUAAUGUCCGUAGUUUUUUUUCCAAAUUAGAAGCAAAACAACCUAACCAAGAGUUAUAUGUUCUCUUUGUGAUUGCAGUAGCGUGCACGGUGCUGAUUUGCAUUGUCCUGGUGGGGACAGGGUUUGAGAGCAAGCUUCAAAUGAUAUUGCUGACAAUCAUGACGGCCUCAAUCUUGGAUUACUUUGUUGGUACGUUCAUUCCGCCAUCCGAAGACCAACAGCGCAAAGGGAUCACUGGGUAUAGCUGUAAGUUUCUUAUUUUUGACAAGUCUUUUCGAGAUGAGUAUAGAAAUUUUACACGUUUCGUUCGAGGAGAGAAAACCGGGCGAAGAAUAUAAUCAGCGAAUGUAAAUCUCACAAAUAAUCUCGAGUUUUGAAACUUUUGCCCUUAAAAGUCUUGGUGACUCAUAGUCGGACUAUGAGUUAAUACUUGCACAUGGAAUGUGCCUAGGCCACAUACCAUAUCUCAAAAAUUCUAAUUAGAGCCCCACAGAGACAUCCCUGUACGAUGAGUUUUGCUGAAGAGAGAUUAUGAUUAAUACGGAGGUCGUUUAUAGAAAAAAGUUUUUUAAACAUACUUGCUAUUUUUGCCCUUAAAACAUUGAUAAACUGAGAAAAAAACGUCAUUUUUUUGAUAAAACAUCGAGAAUACCAGUCUGUCGGGAAAAUAAUGAGCACUCUGUCGCAUCAAAAGUCGCAUCGCCGCCAAGGAAAUUAAAUAUGUCGCGGCAAGACCAAAUUUCUUUCCAUUUCAUCGACGCGACUGGCGCAGCAGCACUGUGCUCAUUAUUUUCCUGACGAACUGAUACUCCUCUUGCUAUAAAAAUUUGCUUUUACCGAGUCCAUUUCCAGUUGCCACCUUCAGCGACAAUCUUCUUCCCGAAUAUCGCGAUGGUCACAGUUUUUUCUCCGUUUUCUCUAUCUACUUUCCGGCCGCGACCGGAAUUAUGGCUGGCGCCAAUAUUUCCGGCGACCUCAAGCGCCCAGAAAAAGCUCUGCCCUUGGGCACUUUGCUGGCGAUUGGAUUCACAACCGUCCUCUACUCCAUCGUAGUCCUUGCUGUUGGAUUUACGGUGGUCAGAGAUGCUGAUGGACUUAUGAUUCCGGCAAUUUUAAACACUAUUGUUGCCAGCAACGACUCUGAUUGGUCGACCUUUAGCCUCAGCUUUGCCUCGAGGCAAACGCCAAGCUGCAGUGUGAAUAACACUUGUGAAUACGGGACGCUGAACUAUUUCCAAAUCUUGGAGUUGAACAGUUUUUGGGGCCCACUAAUAACAGCUGGAAUUAUUGCGUCAUCGUUGAGUUCCGCGUUGUUAUCGCUGGUAGGUUGUUUUGAUAGUUUUUUGGGGUUUUUUAUCGUGUGCCUUGGGCAAUUUGUUGCGUGAACUUCAUAGAGUAUGUAAGUUAAAAUCUUGAGAAGAUUUUUUUGCGAAGCUUCCAUAGCCAGCAGCAGUUUUAUUCGAAAAAUACAAUGAAAUCUCUGCACAGCAAAUUUUAAAGGACCGAAAAAGAUACACUCCGUUAGGAAAGUAUAUGUUCCUACCCCAUGGAAAGUGUCAAUAUCUAAGGUUUGGUAAGAGAUAUCGAAAAACUGCUAAUGCCAUUUGAAAGAGCAUAUCGAAAAACCUUUUACCGCAUGAAUUUGUUGUAUUAGAAGGGUUUUGUUGCACCAAGCUUCAUUUCGGUCGGGCCGCAAAAAUUUCUUGUUUUACAAGACCGCUUGUUGUUUGGGAGCUCUUGUUCAGAGCUUCUACUGUAAUAUUAUAUCUAGAGACCGACUAUGAGUCUGUCGGGAAAAUAAUGAGCUAUAUUGUUUACGUCGCUGCGCCAAGCAAGUCGCUGAAAUGAAAGGCAAUUUGGUUUUGCCGCGACACUUUACAUUUUCCAGCCUGCGUUGCGAUUUUCGAUGCGAUAGAGUGCUCAUUAUUUUCCCGACAGACUGAUAACUUGUUCUUUACAUAGCAAUCUCUCAACACUUUCAAAAUUUGUGCUCCUUGCGCACCAUUUUAUCUCUCUGUCGCGAAAAUAAUGUGGGUUUGUCGCAGAGAAAGGCCUGGCGUCGUCGCUGUCACACUCCCCAUCCUGGGCUUGCUUUCGCGAAACGAUCAUGGGAAAUUCCAAGGCGCUACGAAUCCUCAUUAUUUUCCCGAAAGACCGCAAAUUUUUUUACUGUAUUUUUUUUUAUUACAACGUUUCCAGGUGAGCUCCGCAAAAAUUUUCCAAGCCGUAUGUCAAGACCGGAUCUUCCCAUAUAUCAACAAGUUCGGACAGGGUUCAGAACGCGACGGCGAGCCGAGAAAAAUCUACAUUCUGGUGUACAUCAUCUCCAUGUUGGUCAUCCUUAUUGGUGACUUGGACUUGAUCGCCCCAAUCAUCUCCAACUUCUUUCUUGGGUCCUAUGUGCUGGUCAAUUACGCUUGUUUCGACAAUUCUUUGGCCCAGUCGCCGGGUAAGUUGGUAAAAAUUAAGAUGUUGAACCGAUAGAGUAUGCAGUGAGGGACCUGAUCCAGUGGCAAAAAACGUAUCAUUUCCCAUCCGGGAUGUAUCAAAAAUGUGGCAAAAUACCUCCCUUUCCAAGUGAAAAAACUCCGAUUUCAACAGCGCGCCUUUCAAAACGAAAUUUUUUCACUUGGAAGGGAGGCAUUUUGCCACAUUUUUGAUCCUUCCCGGAUGCAAAAUGGCACGCUUUUUGCGAUUGGAUCAGGUCCCCCACUGUAUAUGUGAGCAUAUACAUCUUUUUCAGGGUUCCGCCCUGGCUUCAAAUAUUACAAUAAGUGGGUGUCACUGGCGGGCUCCAUCUUGUGUGUCACGGUGAUGUUCAUCAUCUCAUGGCUUACCGCGCUGGUCACGUUCCUCUUCUUUGGCGUUAUAUUCGUGUAUAUCAGAAAGAGGAAGCCUGGUAGGUCGGCCGCGCAAAGAUCUGUGCCAAGAAAAGUGUAAAAAUGCGGUCGAUAAAAGUGUCAGUUGUCGGGAAAAUAAUGAGCACAAUGUUGCUGCGCCGAUUGUGUAAAAUAAAAGACAAUUUGAAUUGGUCGCAAACACAAUUCAUUUCCUCGGCGGCGAUGCGAUUUUCGAUCCAACAGGUGCUCAUUAUUUUCCCAACAGACUGACAUAAAAUCAAAAAAGUGUAAAAUACGCCGGAUUCUCCAUUAAAUUUGUUUUUCAGACGUCAACUGGGGCUCCUCCCCGCAAGCCCAUUGCUACCGCAACGCCCUCACGGGCCUAACCAAGCUGGAAUCGAUGGAAGAGCAUGUGAAAAACUACCGGCCCCAGAUCAUGGUGAUGACCGGGAAUCCGAUGGAACGAACGUUUCUGGUCGACUUUGUCGGCAGCAUUACGAGAGACAAGUCUCUGAUGCUGUGCGCAAAUGUCAUAACGGUAAGAGGGUAUGAGAAAUUGAGCAAAACUGGUUCGAAUAAAGAGCAUAAUUUUACGAGAAAGAUUUUAGGCUCUUAUCAAUUUGUCGGGAAAAUAAUGAGCACUCUGCCACAGAGAAAAUCUCAUCACCGCCGAGAAAAUUAAAUUUAUGGAGCUUUAUGUUCUCUAAUCAUAAUUUUUCUAUAGAAAAUCAGCGAUGAUGCAAACCAGUACCAACUCUUGGAGAACCUCAAUAGCUGCUACGAACGCUGGCUGAGGGAUCGCAAAGUGAAGGCUUUCAUGGCGACCACAAUCAACGAUUCUAUCCCGGGUGGGGCCAGGCAGCUGAUCCAAACCGCCGGCUUGGGAAAAAUGAAGCCAAAUGUGCUGCUUUUGGGCUUCAAAGAGGAUUGGAUAAGCGAGGGGAGGAAAAAGUUGGAUGAGAUGAAAAACUACUUUGAGAUCAUACAGUGAGUCUUGCAUGAAGAGGGCUUCUAGGCCCUGUUUUGGAGCGUUAAUUUGUAUGAAGAUGAAGGGGCUUUUCUCCAACAAACGUUGACAGUAGACCGAAGAUACAGUGGCGUUGCACGUCACAGUCUCCACUGACACGUGCGACGCUCAGCGUUUCUUAAAAAUUUGCCCAAACUUCUAGCAUAGGCCGCAUAUCAAUCACUGAAAAGUUUUGCUCUCGUUUUCCAGGGAAAGCCGAGAUAUUCAACUAGUUUUGUGGCCAAGCGAGUGGACAAAAUCACACACAUGUCCUAGACAAAAUUUUAUCUUAAUUUUUGCCAAUUAUCAUCAAGAUCUGAGCGUUGCACUUGAGGUAUAUCCCCAGUAAACAUAUCUAUUUAUAGUGACGGACCUGAUCCAGUGGCAAAAAACGUACCGUUUUGCAUCCGCGAAGCAUCAAAAAUGUGACAAAAUGCUUCCCUCUCCAAGUGAAAAAACUUCGUUUUGAAAGGCGCCUUUUCGUCACAAAAAGAGCGGCCUUUUUAAAAUCGGUGUUUUUUUCACUUGGAGAGGGAGGCAUUUUGCCACAUUUUCGAUACUUCUCGGAUGCAAAAUGGUAACUUUUUUGCCAUUGGAUCAUGUCCGUCACUCUGAAUCUUUUUAGAGACGCGUUUGACGCCAAAAUGGGAGUCAUGAUCCUGCGGCAAAACAAAAACAACGCCAUGGACUCGUUUUACCUUGAUCAACCAGAGACAGAGGAGCCAGUGGAGCUGAAAACCCCUACCAUUCUCCAAACGAUGACACAGAGUUUCAAGAGCCGAGUCAAGAAAGGCACAAUUGAUGUGUGGUGGCUGUACGAUGACGGUGGACUGUCAUUACUAAUUCCUCACUUACUAACGGAUAGCAAAUCUUAUUUGGAGGGGGCGAAACUAAGACUGUUUACCAUCUCCCAUGAGAGCCAAGUGACGCAAGCGCAGAGGGAUAUGAUUGUGUUGAUGAAAAAGUUUCGGCUCAAAUUCAAGGACAUCAUUGUGCUGUCGGAUGUGGGAACAAAGCUGAUGGGAACUACGUAAGAAAAGCAGUAAAAGGCAACGUAAUUUUUGUCAGUCUGUCGGGAAAAUAAUAAGCAUAGUGUCGCUGGCGGAACAGUUUAUUUUUUCGGAGGCGACGCGAUUUUCGAUGCGACACUAUGCUAAUUAUUUUCCCGACAGACUGAUACUUCAUCCCUCUCAUUGGUGUGUCGGGAAAAUUGUGUGGGUUUGUCGCCGCAAAGUGUCUCGCUUCUUCGCAGUUGCGCACCAAAUCUCCUGCCGCGGCUAGCCCAAAAAGAUGAUGGGCGAUUUCCAAAAAAUGGCGACAAAACAACAUUAUUUUCCCGACAAGCUGGUAUCAAAAGCAUUGAUUUUUUUGAAAAGUGUUGCCAAAUUUUAUGCAGUCUUUUUUCUGUGCGGGCGACUUCACUGGGAAAAAGUUCCUUAUUCUGGCCACAACAAAGGCACUUUGCGAACUGCGCCAAGCUUGUGAACCAAAGUCAGGAGAAAAGGCUUCGACCUAACUGGCACUGAAUUACUGUAAUAGCUCUAUAGUCUUAAGGGUACCUACGAAGGCGAUGACGACUCAUUUAGUUCUAUACGGAGGCAAUAUGUUUAGUUCCGGACAUGUUUCACCGUAUAAAGUGUAAAAUCGCAGGCUGCAGUCGUUUUUGAAGGGUAAGUUGGUACGUGAAAAAAAGGUACAAUUACUAACUAAAUCCAGUGUCCGGGCAUUGACAACGAUGAAUUGAGCCUGCACGCUAAAUUUGGGCUAAUUCUGACCAGUUUCUGCAAAGUUAUAAGUUGUGGCCAGAAUAAGGAACUCCUCUGAAAAGGAGUAAAGCAAGAAGCAACAGAGCUCUGUUGCUUUUUUAACCAUAUAUCACUGUUAUUCAUUGCGUCUGUUUUGCAGUCUCCACGACUACAACGUCGAGAUCAAAGAGUUCCGAGGCGAGGAACCCGGCCUCAUCUCACAAAUGGAAUGGACCUGUCAUGAAGCGAAGACCAUGAAGAAUUUGAGGAUCUCCGAGCUGCUACAAGAGCACUCCAAGUCCGCUGAUCUGGUCGUACUGUAAGCAUUCAUGUUGCUUACAAAACAUGCAUCCAACGACGCCCUUUUUUCAGAUCAAUGCCAGUCCCUCGCAAACACAUGUCCUAUGCGUUGUAUUUGUCGUGGUUGCAUCAACUGACAAAGAAUCUUCCGCCAACGGUGUUGAUCCGAGGGAAUCAAGAGUCCGUCCUAACGUUCUACACGUAA